AAGGUGCAAACUAAGUCUGCAAAGUGUUUUCCAUGAAAAUAGUUAAAAGUGGCAAUUUGGCUGUCUGGGAGUGCAUAGUGCUGACGUUCACAGGGGCAGGGGCAGAGGAGAAUGUCACUCAGAAGAUACAUGCUCCCUUUCCAUCAGUACUAUUGUGUCCAGCUGAAAACAUUCAAGCAGAAAUUUCCUGGGGAUAUUGUGCCUGCAGUUCUUUGGGAGUCUUGGGCUUGAUGCAUGCUUGGCCUGAACCAAUCUCUCUUCAGGUGUUCUUUGGGAGAAGGAACAUGGAGUCUUAAGGCCUUUGAACAACAAUUAUUGAAUAAUAAAGGCUUACUCUCAGUUCUUUCUAAAAUUAUAUUGGAUGCCACUGUAGGUGGACCUGCUGAUUAGAAGUUGUGCUGGGAUCAAAAUAUCUAGCUUUCGCUCAGUGAUAGAGACUGGGAGGUUUUGUGGUGGAAAUUGCCUUAUAAAUCAGUCUUUGCUUCUGUGAGGGAAUUAUCUUUGAAAGUAUUGCACAGCUGGUAUUUGACACCCAGGUAUUUGGCCCACACUGCAUCAGUUUCCUCCCCCCUCUGUUGGAUGGUGUGUGUCACCAGGUGGGCAUGUAUUGAUACAAGUGGGUUUCGGGAGAAGGUGUUUUUAGAAAUCUCUCAAAUAAUGCAACAGGAUGUGCUCCUUACCCCAGGUUUGGCAGUACUGAAACUAACAAUUCAAAUUGGGUUUUAAAGAACAAUGAACUUAUUGUCCACCUGGUCACAAGAAGAUGAAUAAUAAUGAAAGUUAUUUUGUUGUUUUGUUCUGGGGAAGGAAUUUUCCUGAGCAUCACUAUUAUUUCUUCUGUGAAAUAGGUAUUUCCUGGUCCCCACAAUAGUUUCAGAAGUACCCCUGGGCCCCCAAAGGUGGGAGCCUCUGGUUUCCACAGCAACAUUUUAGCGACUGGGUGCUUUCAUACUUGACCUCCCCCAGCAGAAGUCCAUGCUGUUGUAGCUUGCAGCCAUUGAUCCUCCACGUGCGCAGAGGCAGGAAUAAGGACUUGCCAUUCAGCUCCACUGUAGACACAAUUCCACCUGGCCACCUGAUUAUCAUCAGUUUUAGUAUUUAAGUAUUUGUAUUUAAGAUGGGGAACCAAGGCUAAGAGAUCAUGGCUUGGCUAAGAGUAGAACUAGAUGGUAUGGUAGCACUCACUGGACCUCCCAAGAGCUCAGUUGCUGCUGCUUACUGGGAGGAAAAAAAUCAACACAGCAGUGAUGUUAGUGUGCUGUAAACACACUGAUGGAGCCAAUCCAGAGCUCCUGGUAAUGUGUUUGCCUUGCACCAACUUCUCUUCUUCACAUGGUCUGCUACUGGAGAAGACUAUCUAGUACUAGAGGGCUCUGGCCCUCUGAAUGAUCCUUCUCCCAUCAUCCCUGUCUAUUGGCCAUACUGGCUGGGGCUGCUGGGAGUUGGAGACCCAAAACCAGCUGGAGAGGUACUGGUUGCCAGUCCCAGAUCAAGUUAUUCUGUUGCCAGAAAAAAAUGUAACCUAUGUAAUACUGAACAGAAGGCAAGCAGGUUGACUCCUCCGGCCUCCUUAGCCAUUGGUUAUAGCUGUUGAAAUCACCACUGGUCCAAAUGUGUCAGGAACAGAAGUCAUCCUCCUUAGUAAAAGUUUUAAAUUUCUUUAUUGACAGUGCUUUGAUUUGCACUGCCAGAAACGCCUUCUUAGAAAUGUCUGGAAGAAAAGUAACCUUUACAGUUCCUAAAAAGGGAAAACAGGAAGGAAAUAUCAUAACUCUUCCCCCUUGGUAGAGUUACUCAUUAAGUCAUCACCUUGCCUAUUUGUGGGCACGAUACAUAACAAUACCUGUGAACUUUGCCCUCAUUUCCGGUAGGAGCAUUAGCCACGCAGGCGGGUGUGGUAACGUGGCUCUCGCUAGACCUCCCAAGAGCUGAGUUGCUCCUGCUUACUGGGAGUGGGGAAAGCAACAUGACAGUGAUGUUGGUGUGCUGUAAACACACUGAUGAAGCCAAUCCAGAGCUCCUGGCAAUGGAUUUGCUUUGCACAAAAUUUCCCUCUUCUACAUGGUCUGCUACUGGCUAAAACUAUCUUAGUAAUAGAGGGCUCUCCAUUGAUCCCUGACUGUUGACCAUACAACCUAGAGCUGUUGGGAGUUGGAGACCAAAAACAUCUGGAGAGGUGCUGGUCAGUCUGUUGCCAAAGCAAAAUCUAACGUAUGCAAUACUGAACAGAAGGCAAGCAGGUUGACUUCUCUGGCUCCUUAGGCAGCGGGCAGAGCUGCUGAAACUACCACUGGUUCAAACAUGUUAGGAACAGAAGACAUUCUCCAUAGUAAACAUUUUAAAUUUCUUUAUGGACAGUGCUUUGAUUUGUAGUGGCAGAAAACCCCUUAGAAAUGUCAUGAAGGAAAGUAUCCUUUACUGUUUCACAAAAGUGAAAACAGGAAGGAAAUAUUCUAAUUCAGAAAGCGGCUGUUCUCCACACUCUUCCCCGCCCCCUUGGUACAGUGAGUGAUUAAGUCAUCUCCUUCCUGCAUCUUUGUGGGCGUGAUAUAUAAUAUAUGUAAACUUUGCCCUUAUUUCAGGAACUUUAGCCAAGAGGGCGGGUGUGGCUGCUGUAGCUGUAGCAGAAUGAAGUUUCCCUUGACACAAUGCCGUCUGUGCUGACAUAAGAACACCUAGAAGGGUUUGAAGAUGUUGCUCCAGCUGCUCUCUGUCCUCUGGGAGGCCUUGUCCCUGCAAGUUGUUCUGGUGUUUCUGGCAACAUUUCUACUUAUUGCUGAUUACAAGAAACAGAUUCGCCCAAGGAAUUACCCCCCAGGGCCCAGGCCUCUUCCCUUUCUGGGUAGCACACUACAGCUGGAUUUCAAGAAGCCUCAGAUUUCAGCACGAAAGCUUGCAGAAAAAUAUGGCAAUGUAUUCGGCCUUCAGACUGGAAACAUAAGGAUUGUGGUUGUGAAUGGAUUACACCUGGUGAAAGAGGCUCUUGUCCAUCAGGGAGAAUAUUUUGUAGAUCGACCAAAAUCCCCUGUUCUUGAUAAGAUAUUUGGGUCACUUGGACUGGUCUUCUCUAAUGGUCUCAUCUGGAAACAUCAAAGACGGUUUGCCUUAUCAACACUCAGAAACUUUGGUUUGGGCAAAAGGUCUUUAGAAGAAAGAAUACAGGAAGAAAGCCGUUACUUAAAGGAAGCAAUAGAAGCUGAGAAAGGGCAGCCAUUUGACCCUCACUUUCAGAUUAAUAAUGCUGUUUCAAAUAUCAUCUGUUCCAUCACUUUUGGGGACCGCUUUGAUUACCAUGACAGCCGUUUCCAGAAGCUACUGCACUUGCUCGAUGAGGCAUUGCUUCUUCAGGGAAGUGUUUGGAGUAUGAUGUAUGAUCUCUUUCCCUAUGUCAUGAAAUACCUGCCGGGGCCACAUCACACACUUUUUAAAAAAUGGGGGCAGCUGAAAUACUUUGUGAGAGAAAUCAUUGAAAAACACAAAGAAGACUGGAACCCAUCUGAACACAGAGACUUCAUUGAUGCCUACCUAAAUGAAAUGGCCAAGGAGGAUUCUGUUUCCAAUUUCCAUGAAGAAAACCUUCUACAUUCAGCACUGGAUCUGUUUCUUGCUGGAACGGAAACAACUUCUACAACCCUGCGUUGGGGUUUGCUGUAUAUGGCCAUUUAUCCAGAUAUUCAAGCAAAAGUCCAAGCGGAAAUAGAUUCUGUGAUUGGCCAGUCUCGCCAGCCAUCGAUGGAUGACAGGGACAGAAUGCCAUACACCAAUGCAGUUGUUCAUGAAAUUCAAAGAAUAAGCAACAUUAUACCUUUGAAUGUGCCUCGGUUGACAACAAAGGACACUACACUGGCUGGGUUUCAUAUUCCCAAAGACACUAUAUUACUUACCAACUUGACCUCACUGCUCUUUGAUGAGGAUGAGUGGGAAACACCCAAUGUGUUCAAUCCUGGUCAUUUCCUAGAGAAUGGUCAGUUCAGGAAAAGGGAAGCGUUCCUGCCAUUCUCUGCAGGAAAGCGAGCCUGUUUGGGAGAGCAGUUGGCGAGGACUGAGCUCUUCAUUUUCUUCACUGCCCUAAUUCAGAAGUUCACUUUCCAGGCUCCAAAGAAUGAGACAUUAAGCCGUGAAUUUAGGAUAGGUUUGACCGUGUCUCCCCUGCCAUACCGGAUAUGUGCAUUCUCUCGCUAAGGGGACUUACUUUAUGUCAUUGCCGUUUCUUUAAAAAGUAGGAUCAGUUUAUGGUGCAGGAACAGAUCUAUGGUUUAAUCCUAAUUGUGUUUAGCCAGAGUUCAGUAGGGCUUAACCCAGGUGAGCAGGAUUGGGACUGCAGCAUGUUCCUUUAAAGCAGAGAUUUCCACACUUUUUAGACACGCAUCAUUUCGCGACACAAUUAUUCAGUUUUAAUAGCAAACCAGAGGUUAAACUAACCCCUUAUAAGAGAUACGGACAUAUAUCAUGCAACACCCCUGAACACUGCAGUCGACACACUAAUGAUGACACAUGCUUUGGAAAGCUCUGUUUUGAAGCCUAUUCAAAGCACAUUUGCCCCCUCAAAAAAUUUGGGCAACUAAGGUUUAUAGAUACUUGGAAUUGAAGCUCUCUGAAGGAUAAAUUCAGUUUCCGAGAAUUCUUGACAGAAUGUGUGUAUGCAGAUCAUAAUGAUACAUUGAUGUGGAUCCAAAUUUCAUCCUCCCACUUCUUGUUCCAGGGUGUAUGUCUACCCACCAUCCCAUUAUUUUCAAAAAAUAAUAAUAAUGUCCUGGCUGUGGUGAAGAAAAGGCAUUCCUUUGUUUGUAGGAAUCUGUGUGCUUACGACUCAAGAUAAAACCCUAAUGUAUUUCCUUCCUUUGUUUAUAAAAUAAAAAAAAUGUUGCUUGGAAAUUUUUGUUACAUAACCAGUUCAUAGAACCAUAGACUCAUCGAAUUUUGCAAGGGACCCCAAGUGUAUUCUAUUUCAAACCCCUGCAAUGCAGGUAUCUUUUGCCCAAUAUUGAGCUUGAACCCAUGAACCUGAGGUUCUUGCAGUUGUGUAUUGGUGGCCCCAAGCCCAAGGCAAAUCUUACAGUAAAUGUGCUUAUAAAUACAGUAAAAUUGAUGGGUUUAACUCUUGAAUGUUGCCUAGGUUUUAUUAUUUUUCAAAAACAUUAUUGUUGUGCUUUAAUAUACAGUGGUACCUUGGGUUACAUACGCUUCAGGUUACAGACUCCGCUAACCCAGAAAUAGUGCUUCAGGUUAAGAACUUUGCUUCAAAAUGAGAACAGAAAUAGUGCUCCUGCAGAGUGGCGGCAGCAGGAGGCCCCAUUAGCUAAAGUGGUGCUUCAGGUUAAGAACAGUUUCAGGUGAAGUACAGACCUCCGGAACGAAUUAAUUACUUAACCCGAGGUACCACUGUACUACAUAGUGGAUAACAAGGUGAAAACUGAGUCUGCAAAGUGUUUUCCAUGAAAAUAGUUAAAAGUGGCAAUUUAGCUGUCUGGGAGUGCAUAGUGCUGACAUUCACAGGGGCAGGGGCAGAGGAGAAUGCCACAGAGAAGAUACACACUCCCUUUCCUUAUGAUUGUGUGCAGAUUUAAAAGUCCACUUGGAAAAGUUCAAGUUGAAAUUUCCUUGGGAUAUUGCACCUACAGUUCUUCAAGAGUUUGGGGCUCGAUGUAUGCUUGGCCAGAACCAAUCUCUGCUGUGGUGUUCUUUGGGAGAAGGAACGUGGAGUCUUAUUAUUGAAUAAUCAUGGAGCAGAUAAAGGCUUACUGUCAUCUCUUUAUAAAAUUAUAUUGGAUGCCACUGUAGGUGGACCAGCUGGUUAGAAGUUGUGCUGGGAACAAAAUAUCCAGCUUGACCAAUAUAGCUGGGCAUGUAUUGAUACAAAUGGGUUUGGGGAGAAGGUGCAUAUAGAAAACUCUCAAAUAAUGCAACGGGAUGUACUCCUUACUCCAACUUAUUAUUCAUCUUCUUCCAGUGAGUAAGGACAAUAAUGAAAGUUUGGAACAAUUUCACCUGUAUUGAUCUGAAUUCUAGCAUAUAGCCUUCCUGGAGAAACUCUCUCAUAGAUUACAGGUGUUGUGGGGGGACAGAAAAGAGAUCAAAUUCCAGCUAUUUGGUUUCCUUUCAUUUGAACAUAAGAAUGGACUUCGCAUAGCUGGAUAGCUCAAACAAUAUAUAAAUUGGUGAAGAUAUCCUGACGUCCAUUGGGAAAUAUUGUUUGCCAGUAAGAAAUUUUGCAAGAAGGUGACAGAAGAGGAAAACAACUCCUAAAUAUUAAGGUGCUGCUUUUGAUAACUUACUAAGUUUAUAUCAAUUCUAUUGUCAUGUGUCAUAUCUCAUCUUGAAUUACCAUUGUGCGAUCCGGAUAAAGAUAGCAGAUGCAAAAUCACUUUGACAACAUGUUCCCACAACCAUAACUAUCAACACUUUGACAACAGACAAUUCAAAAUGUGAAGGACUUAUCAAUGCAUAUGCUUUACGUUGACAUUUGUGGCCUCCAAGAUGGUACCAAUAAGCACUAAAUUGAUCUCAGGCACCUUUCCUACACACCAAGGUGUCUUUCUCCCACAUUUAUUUUUUAUUUUAAAUGAGGAUUUUUUAAAAGCUCGGUUGUUUGGUUGGAAGUGAGGGUCUAUAAUUUUUUUGUGCUUUGGUGUGUCUAGUUUAUCUGCUUUUGGGUGGGUGCAAGUGGCUUGUUUGGUUCUGGGGACAGAGCUUUUCUGAGCAUCACUAUUAUUUCUUCUGUGAAAUAGCUAUUUCCUGGUUCCCACAAUAGUUUCAGAAAUACCCCUGGGUCCUAAAAGGUGGGAGCCACUGGUUUCCACAGCAAUAAUUUAGCGCCUGGGUUCUUUCAUACCUUGACCUCCAGCAGCAGAAGUCCAUGCUGUUGUAGCUUGCAGCCAUUGUGCCGCCACGUGCACAGGGGCAGGAACAAGGGUUUCCUUCAGCUCCACAGUAGACACAAUUCCACCUGUCCAGCUGAUUAUCAUCAGUUUUCGUAUUCUUGUAUUUAAGAUGGGGAACCAAGGCUAAGAGAUCAUGGCUUGGCUAAGACUAGUACUAGAUGGUAUAGUAGCACUCACUGGACCUCCCAAGAGCUGAGUUGCUCCUGCUUACUGGGAGCCAACCUAGCAGUUCGGAAGCGUGUCAAAGUGCAAGUAGAUAAAUAGGUACUGCUCCGGCGGGAAGGUAAACAGCGUUUCCAUGCGUUGCUCUGGUUUCGCCAGAAAUGGCUUAGUCAUGCUGGCCACAUGACCUGGAAAAACUGUCUGCGGACAAAUGUCAGCUCCCUUGGCCAAUAAAGUGAGAUGAGCGCCACAACCCCAGAGUUGUCUGCAACUGGAUUUAACUGUCCAGGGUCCUGUACCUUUAUUGGGAGGGAAAAAAGCAACACGACCGUGAUGUUGGUGUGCUGUAAACACACCGAUGAAGCCAGCGCAUUUGCAUUGCACAAAGUUUCACCCUUCUACAUGGUCUGCUACUGGCUAAAACUGUCUUAGUACUAGAUGUCUGUCCAGUGAUCCCUGACUGUUGACCAUACAACCUAGGGCUGUUGGGAGUUG